GGCGUGCGUGGAAUUGGAUCCGAAGCAUGCCGUGGGAGAUCAACGCACCAGAUGGUUCCACGUCGAUGACGCAGGUAAGGCACGUGGGAGGGACGGCGUUCCGCAAGUGCUGGAUCCCGUCCAAGGUUCAAACACCGUUCGCGGUCUCUACCUUAUAUAUAUGUACGCUCUUCGCCUCUUGUUCUCUGUAUCUGACGCCUCUCCCUGACUCCAAUGCUCCCACUAUAAUCUUCCCUUUUUGGAUUUGUGGGGCGAUCCUUGAUCUGUUCUCUCUUCUCUGUAAUUGAUUCCUUCAAUCUCAAAUCCACCUCUACUAACCAUUGCUGCGACGGAACCACAACUGGAAGCAGAGGCGAGGGAGGAGGAAACGAGCAGCUAUUGCGGGAGAAGGGGACGGUUAACAGCGGAGAGGAGCCAUUUUUGCAAUGGCGAGUUGGGUUCUUUUCCAGGGCUGUGGCGUCAGGCUUCUCCCCGCCGCCUUGCCUCGCCCCAGAUCCGGCAUCCCGCCUGCCACUAGCCUCAAGCGUCUGCGGAGGACCCGUCUUCCCUCUUCCACCUCUUGUCUCUGUUGCUCUGUCGGUCUCGCCGGCCGCAGGGACUGGGCGCUCAGCAUGAGCGCGCCGUUGCAGGUGGCGCCCUUGGAGGAGGGUUCCGCGAUGGGGAGUGGCGUGAAGGAGGAAGCGUUCGACCCUGGAACGCCACCGCCGUUCGGGUUGGCGGAGAUCCGAGAGGCCAUACCCAGGCAUUGCUGGGUCAAGGACCCGUGGCGAUCGAUGAGCUACGUGGUGCGCGACGUGGUGGUCGUCUUUGGGCUCGCGGUGGCGGCAGCAUAUCUCAAUAACUGGAUAAUGUGGCCGCUCUAUUGGAUAGCUCAGGGGACGAUGUUCUGGGCCCUCUUCGUUCUCGGGCAUGAUUGUGGCCAUGGGAGCUUUUCGAACGACCGAAAGCUUAACAGCGCGGUUGGGCAUUUGCUCCAUUCCUCCAUUCUCGUGCCAUACCAUGGAUGGAGAAUUAGCCACAGGACGCAUCACCAGAACCAUGGGCAUGUUGAGAACGACGAGUCAUGGCAUCCGUUGUCUGAGAAGUUAUAUAGGAGUUUGAAUGCUGUAACGCGAAAGCUUCGCUUCACAUUGCCAUUCCCUAUGUUUGCUUACCCCUUAUACCUGUGGAGAAGGAGUCCAGGGAAAUCUGGCUCACAUUUUCAUCCUAGUAGUGAUUUAUUUGUCUCUAAUGAGAAGAAGGAUGUGAUUACAUCAACGGUCUGCUGCGCAACGAUGGUGGUGAUACUUGCAGGGUUAACCUAUUUGAUGGGUCCUAUUCAGAUGCUUAAGCUUUAUGGGAUUCCAUAUUGGAUUUUCGUCAUGUGGCUGGAUCUGGUGACAUACUUGCAUCAUCAUGGACAUGAGGAGAAACUUCCUUGGUUCCGUGGAAAGGAAUGGAGUUAUCUUCGAGGAGGAUUGACGACACUAGAUCGAGAUUAUGGAUGGCUUAACAAUAUCCACCAUGAUAUUGGGACUCAUGUGAUACAUCACCUCUUCCCGCAGAUACCACAUUACCAUUUAGUGGAGGCGACUGAGGUGGCAAAACCAAUUCUCGGAAAAUACUACAGGGAACCAGUAAAAUCUGGACCUUUGCCAUUUCACCUAUUUGGAGUCCUAAUGAGAAGCUUGGGAUGUGAUCAUUUUGUUAGUGACAUUGGAGACGUCGUCUACUAUCAGACUGAUCCUCGAUUGAAUGGUGCUUCAGAAGCAAAGUGGCACAGACACUGAUGUCAUCCCAAUGAAAUCCAUCAGACUGCUAAUACCAUAAUACAUGGUCGAUGAAACCUGCACAUUCAGCAAAGCUGGAUUUUUGCUCAUGGAUUCCUCUCGAGACGCAUAUUUUCUCUCCUCGGGCGAAAGGAAGAGAGGUCUCUGCCAGUUAAUCAUGCGAUCCCACAUAACUAAGCAUGCAUUCAUAUCAGUUCAUAUUGCGACAAAGAUGUCAUCAGCACAGCUAACAUUUAAUUUUUAUAGGUAAAAAUGCAGUUUUCUUUGCUUCUAAGAGUUAUGGUGAUUUUUAUUUUCUAGGUUCACUAUGACAGUAAUGGGAAACUGCAGAAUCUCUAGAGCAUUUGUCUGUUGAUUAACAUGCUUUUGAAAUCUUCCAUCACAAUGCAUCAUAAUGUAACAUUUCCAGUAAGGAUGAUGCCUGACAUAUGGUAGAAGAAACAUCACCUUCACCAACUUUUUGAUGUGAUACAAAUCCUUUCUUUUAUGUGCUGCAUGUGGCCCAUCUUUUUUUCUCUUGAUUAAAAGGAUAUGGUCCAAUAUUGUUGAACAUAAAUGCAACAAGAUCUUUAUGCUGUGAUCCACAGACCAGGAAAUGGAGUGUGAUGGGUUCUAUCACCUCAAAUUGCCUUGAAUGGAGAAUGGUGUACGUUCGAGGGGCUAAAAGGUCUGCACACUGGAAUUUGUUCUGCAGCAUCAACCCCAGCAAGAGAAAGGAAGAAUAAAGUGGUAUUCUGCUAUCUCUCUCUCUCUAAUAUCACCUCUGCCUUUUUUUAUGUUUCGGUGUCUCUAUCGACCUUUACCAACGAAAGUUUGUGGACAUGCACGCAAGGUGUUUGAAUAAAUGCCCAUACCAACAAUAAUAGAGCAUGUAGUGUUGGAUGGUGCCCACUGAGAAGGUCAUUGAGAACAGUGACAAAAGAUGUUGAGCUAGCAAAGCACCAUACAGCGCAAAUCUACUCGGCCAGCACUGAAGUUUGUUUCUCCAUAGAACAAAUCUAGCCAACCAUAUAUGUCGUGCAGCAGCUUUACACGAUGACAUAUGUGGACAACACUUCCAGUUCAUAAAACCUUAGAUUACGAGUGAGCAAAGGAGUCAAAGAGAAUGCUUCUUCUUGUUCAUAUACAUAACAUGUUGCGUCUAUAAAUCCAUCUGCUUGAUGAAUGAAAGAACUUGCACUCUUAUUGUGCAUACUACUGCUACAUAUAAUGGAUUCCAAAGAAUGUAAAGAAGCAAAGAACCAAAGGAAAUGGCAUCUUCUACGCCAUUAUCUUCUCCUCCGCCCAUGGAGAGAACAUGUCCGCGUUAUGAUGCUCGCUCGCGUCAAGCCCAUCCUUCACCAGAGACUGGACCCAGGACACAUCCGGCUCGUUCGGCCCCGAAGCUACUACCCGUCCAAAGGUGGCAUGGUUGCUGCGGAGGGCGAAGGAUGUGGAUUUCCUCAGCUUGUUCAGCUCCUCUCCCUGAAUGCCCCAUUCCAAUUUGCCGUCUGGUGAGCUCCAGUCGGACAGCAGCGAUGGCGUAGCGGCCGCGGCAGCGGCGGUUGUCAUGGCCGAGAGCAUGGAUUGGCGGCCUGCGGUCGCCCCACGAUCGCAGAAGCUUUGACUGCGCAUAGCGAACGCGGAAGCCCUGGAAUUCAUGAUGGCCUUCGCCAUCGAGUGGUCGAGCCCGAACGAGGAUGUCGAGUUCACAGGAGGGGAGGAACACUGGCUGCCUCCGUAUCCAGACAGCAAUUGAGGCUGGUGCAUCUGGAUUCCAGAGGAGGAUUGGAACUGAGCUCCCCCCGUCUUCCUCAUAGAGAGCCCCUGUAAUUGGGUCAGCAGUGAUGGAUCCACAGACCCCAACAAGUCAGUGUAUUCUGGAGCUCGAGCGGCCGCCGCGGCGGCAACCAAGGUGUUUGCUCCCCGGUUGGCCCGCGGCGAGGCUGUUCUUGUGAUUCCAUCCACAAAUUUCUGCUGAUAGCCUUCCAGUCCGAGCAGCUCGAGGUCGAAAUCCAACUCUCUGGCACUCAGUGACGCCUUGAGUCUGCUGCUCGGCAGCUGCAAGGCCGGAGGUGUCAUCAAGCCGCCCGCUUGAUUCAUCCACGCCGCCGCAGCCCCUAAACCCGACGAAGCCGUAGGGGACAUCGGCGAGCCUGGCUGCUGCAUCAGCGUCAAGGCCAUCGCCAUGUCCAAAGAGGAAAGAGCCGGCGACGACGAUCUUGGAGAGGACAACAACGUUCCCGCAACUGAUGCCGCAGAGGGGUUCACCGUCCGCAGCUCCUCCGGCUUGUGGGCAAAGAAGCAGACCCGGCGGUUGCAGCAUGUCUCAUCCUUGCAGAGCCGAGUCCGGUACUGCGCCGGGUGGAGCCAACUCUCGAACACGCCAUGGGCGUAUUCGCAGGCGUCGCCAUUCCGGCAAGAACCUUUCCGGAACUCGAGGCACGGCACGCAGCUGUAGGAGAACUUCCUUGGGUCUCGGCGCCGGGCGUUCUCGCCGGGGUGGACGAAGGGGCACUCCGUCCAAUCAUGGGAGUAGGCGCGAGAGCACGGCUUGAUCUUGAAGGUAUACAUGCGGAACUCGUCGGUGCCGUAGAUCCCGGUGUUGAUGUCCGGAAGCGUCGAAUCCGGUGGAUAUUCCUUCUUCUCCCCUUGUUUCGGUUGCUCUUCUUUGCCCGGUGAUGAAAGCCCGGGGAAAGGAGGAGCUUUCAGGAUCACUCCGAGGGAUUUGGCGACGGUGCUCAAUGAUUGCCGCGCGACGACGUCCCCGGGGCGGUUGCCACUCGCGUCGAGGGCGUCAACGACGUCCGCAUCGGCACCGAUCAAGAGCUUCACGGCCUCAAGAGAGGCGGGGGAGCCACCAGCGGCGGCACAAUGGAGCGCGGUGACGCCAUCGGAGGCGGCGCGGCGGGCGGCCUCGGCGGGCCGGGCGGAGAGGAGGUAGCCCAUCACGCCGGUGCUUCCGUAGAGCGCCGCGAUCAUAAGCGGCGUGCGUUGCUGGUAGCCCAUGCCCCGGCUAGGGGAUCGGCCGUACCAGUGGGCGGCAACAUCGAACGGGUGGCCCUCGUCCUCCACCGCCCGCUUGAAGGCGGCGAGGUCGUCGGAGGCGGCGAUCUCGAGGAGCAACGCCGCCGUCUCUGACGAGGGCUGCUUCGCCUCUCCGCUGGCCGAAGGCGGGGAGAGCUUCCGGUGGCCGCUACACAUGCCCUCUUUUCUACCUACACGAAAACAAGGGAACGCCAUCAGAAACCAAAAAAAGAGAGGACCAGAAGCCAAAUGAACGAAAGCAGAGCAGCGAAGGAAUGCGUACGGGAGGCGGAGAGACGAUUAGCAGAGAGGAAUGAACGGACAAAUGGAAGGGAAAGUCCGGCGUUCGCAAGGAAGUCUUUGGUCUUUGGAACCUUUUGUAGACGGGAGUCGUACUGUGUAAAUUACACAAAGCAACAUAUGCUCAACCGAAACUUCACAUCUA